UAUAUAGCUUCGUUUCGCCGCUUUCGCGAUAACUUGAUGUUCAUAAAAGAAAAAGGAAAAAUUAUGUGAUUAUAAAGUUCUAAACCCUGGCAGGUUUAUAUAUUCUUAAUUUCUCUCAGAAAGAGAACUCAGCGAGGUUCUGUACACAUGUACAGUACCCCCUGUCCCACUGAGCAAAGGCUUUUUCUCCAUUGACACAACUUUGAUAAAAAAAAUCUGCACUGCACUGUUUCAUUCAGCUAGCUAGCUUCUCAUAUAUACCAAUUGUGUGACUGUUCAUCAAAAGUUUCAGAUAAAUGGACACAAAAAUUGUGCUCUCAAAACCAUUAUCACUUGAAGGCCAAUCAGAUUCCGAUGAGCAUUAUGAAGCUCCAAAUAUUCUGCAUCGCAUAUUAAGUCUCUUUAAGAAUAUGCGACAAGGAUCUGAUCUCUCAUGCUUCAAGCUGCCACCUGUGUUCAAUAUGCCAAAGUCACAACUACAGUGCUAUGCAGAAUCUGUAUAUUGCACAUCAUCAGAUUUACUAAGCAACCUCAACAGUGGAAAGACACCACUAGAUAGACUUAUAUUAGUUGUUGCAUGGAGCAUUUCUACCAUACGUCCUCUAAGGUUUGGAGUUGCUCCCUACAAUCCCACUCUUGGUGAAACUCACCAUGUUUCCAAAGGAAACCUUAAUGUCUUACUCGAACAGGUUUCACACCACCCUCCGGUAUCUGCCCUUCAUGCCACUGAUGACAAGGAAAACAUAGAAAUGACAUGGUGCCACUCUCCGAUUUCAAAGUUCAAUGGUACUUUAGUAGAAACUAAGGUGCAUGGCAAACGGCAGUUGAAGCUCCAGAAUCAUGGAGAGACUUACGAAAUGAGUUCUCCUAAUUUGGUUAUCAGAAUUCUUCCAAUCCCUGGGACUGAUUGGGUUGGCAAUGUCAGCAUCCGGUGCCAAGAAACAGGCCUUGUGGCAGAAUUAAACUACAUAGGCCAAUCUUUCUUUGGAUUCAGGGCAGGUCGAAGACUUAUUAAAGGGAAAAUCUUUGACUCAUUGUCUAUGAAGAUUCUAUACAAAAUUGAAGGCCAUUGGGAUAGUACUGUAACAGUGAGGAAUACUACUAAUACAGAAGCAAGAGUGAUAUAUGAUGCAAAAGAAGUUCUUUCUGGACUUCAAGCUCCUAUUGUCCAGGAUCCAGAGAGUGUGUGGCCAACAGAAACAGCCCUUGUUUGGGGUGAGUUGAGCCAAGCCAUUUUGAGCAAAGACUGGGAAAAAGCAAGAGAAGCAAAGAAAACUGUGGAGGAAAGACAGAGGGAGCUCUUCAAAGAAAGAGAGUCAAAGGGGGGAAAUUGGGUUCCAAAACACUUCUUGGUGUCUUAUAGCAAAGAAGGGGGUUGGGAAUGUUCACCAAUUCAAAAGUCAGUCCCAAAAGCCCCAAUCGCCACCUUGUAAGAGCAUGUUUGGUUUACGGUUACAAAAUUAUAUUUGAGGCAAAAGUAAUUUUGCUAACGAAUGAGAGGACCCUUUCUUUUGUGUUAUUUUACUUUUAUCUAUUGGAUUUGCAUUGGAACACAUGCCACAACAUUUCCGAUUACAGACCAAACAUACACCAAUUUGCCAACUGUAUCAGUAUAUUUCAAAGUGUUAGCACUAUUUCUGUAUGUUUUUAAAACUCAUAAAGACAAUCUGAAACUGUCAAAAGUCAUCAAUAUAUAGCUAGAGUGAUCUGCUUGUUACAAUUAAA